GCACUCUGUGAAGGAGUGAGACAGGACUUAUAGCCUGGAGGGCUGCUCCUGUAGCCUGGAAAUGAAGGAAAGUACCUAACCAAUUUUUGGAGCAGCGUCUCACUGAGGAUUGGUGAAGGGAGGCCACUAAAAGUUAUUUCCGGCCCCGGAGAGGGGCAGAGGGGGGUCAGUUUCCUGUAGUGUGCAGGGUGAGAGGAGCGGCUGAGUGUCUUGGCAGGCAGAAAUUGCAGAACGGGUCUGAGGAAUGCUGCAGGAGUGACCCUGAGGCAGGUGAAGGCCUGCAAACAAGCAGCUGAUGGGAAUCUCCAGAGCGGAGCUGCAGCUGAGAAUCCAGAGCGAGCGAGCCCACAAGGCCAGAGAGAAUCUCUGGACUGGAGUUUUCCCAACAGAGGAUCUGGAGGAGGACUGGAAGAUCUACAGUUACAGGUGUUUACAAGUCAAAGAUACACCCGAGGAAAUGUUAUUUUUCCGAAGUCAUGUUAUGUUCUGCUUAGUAUAAUACUUACUCCUGGUCCUAAUUUCUGCCUUCUCAAAGAUUGUAGAAGAAAGCCUGGGGUCACUACCUCCAGAACUUCCUCAUACCUUCCCCACACCUAUCUUGAGGGGAGCCAGAGAAUGCUUUUGAGUGUUUAUGCCUGUGGAUCUGUGAUAUUUGACUUUUUUCCCAGAGGAGUGACUGAAGGAGGCUGGUCAUUCUGGCUUGUCUUUGGCCAUCGUCACUGCAGAGGACCAGUCCCCACCUUCUGGGGGGCCAGGAUUAAUCACCAUAAGAGACUCAGUCAUUCAAGCAAGCAGCAGAAACCCAAUACCCGAACUACACAGCUGAUUACUGGCUGCACACCCACCCGGAGAGGAACUGGGCACAGAGUGUGGCGAAAGCACCGGGGCCAACGUGGGACACUUACUGAAGAGUUUACAGUGUCACUGAGAUGUAAGGAUACCAAACAACAGGUAGAAAACUAUGAGCAUUCCUUCCUCAGUGAAUACAGAAGAAGACUGUUGGCUUUUGAAAUAGAAAUGUUACAGAUGGGUGCUGGCAACCUGGUGGUGCAACUAGACCAACACGGCUACAACCAACACCUCCAAAACAUGGAAGAUAUUGAAGUUUGCUGUUUUGAAAUGGAAACUUCACAACAUGAAGCUAUUCCAUCCAGGAGAACACAAAACAACAACGGACUCUCCCAGGGCUGAAGAAGGAUGUUUAUGCCUGAAAGCUUGCAAAGAACAAUUUUUUCCAACUAUGUAAUUGGUCUAAUAGAAGAAAUUACAUUUACCCAAAGAACCUUGUCUGCCCACGUCCUUAAAUUAACCUGGCUACAACCAACACCCCCCCACAUUGGGGUGAAAUUCAUCUGAAUUCAAUGGGACACUGACUUUAUCCCAGGUUCAAAUAUGUGACAAAUCUCACACUUUAUACACAAAAGAAAAGAUGCAUGUUUUUAAGGCAUCAAUUCUGGAAAAUUUAUUUGGGCAAAAUUGAAAGUGCUGAGAGUUUUGCCUGACAGAGAACUGAGGGUGUUUUUACAUAUGCUCUGAGAGUGAAGGGGUAAAGGUACUUUAAUUAGAAUGGAUCUGAGAGCUGCUCUAAUUAAAGCGCCUGCAGCAUCUUGUGUAUCAGGGUGCCUGUGUUUCAACAAUGUGCUUCAAAAAUGGCGGUGAGGGUGCUUUAUCUAAAGCUCAUCAAAUGAGCUAAUUACCACACUAGCAGACUCGAUUAAUGGAGUCUGCUGCACUGCACUGUAAUUACAGCACGUCAGAGCAGCCUUCCAGCAUGUGCAGGCACCCUGAAGGACUGGGACCUAUUUGUAGGUUCGAGGAACUUUAUUCCAGCAGCUCUGAGGUCAUAAAUGAAGAUACACAAAAGUCUUAAACCAAUAGCUUUGUAAAGGAAAUUGAAAGUGCAGCAAGAAAGAAGUCACAAUAAUUAGAGUUUCAUUAAGGUGACAAAUUCUCCAUGCUCUACUUAACGUACAGAAGAAAAGCAAAAAUAUUUCAUAGAUUUCAUAGACAUUAGGGCUGGAAGGGACCUCGGAAGAUCAUCGAGUCCAGCCCCCCGCCCAAAGGGCAGGAAGUCAGCUGGGGUCAUAGGAUCCCAGCAAGAUAAGCAUCCAGUUUCGUCUUGAAGGUGUUCAAUGAAGGUGCUUGAACCACCUCCGGUGGCAGGCUGUUCCAGACCUUGGGGGCUCGGACAGUAAAGAAAUUCUUCCUUAUGUCCAGCCUGAAAUGAUCUUGUAGUAGUAUAUGAACAAGCAGAAGAACAUAUUCUCUUGGGAUUUCACUUGCAGAAAUAGUCUCUCUAAGAAAUUGACUGGCAUAGAAUAUAGCCACACUGCCCUGAGAAACAAUGCAGGAAUAUUGAGCAAAAAAUAAAUUUUUGUUCUGAUCAGAAGUUCUGUGAUGAGCAACAGUCUCCAUUAACAGCGUUGUUUUUUUUCAGUGCAUCACAAAGAGAGUUUCUGGGAGGAGAUAUGCUUCUAGAACUAAACAGAGAGAAAAAGAUCCCUAAAUGGUGUUGGAGUUGGAAGGAAAAGAGCAUUGUAAUAAAGGAAAAAACACA